AUGGCAACGCGCUCCGGAAGCGGAAGUCGCUCUACCGGAAGCGGUUCUUUCGCACGCUGCUCUAUGUCCAACAUGGCCGGGGAGGGGAAACCGGAGACCGGGGAGGCAAAACUCCGCAAAAAGAUGAAAAAUAAGAGUCCUGAGCAAGAGGAUGGGGCACCGGGGCCCAGCGGAGAGGAGCAGGGAGCGCUCUUCCCGCCAACAUUCAGCGUCUCGGAGAUCAAGAACAAGCAGCGGAGGCAUUUCAUGUUCCUGAAACUCAAGCAGGAGAAGAGGAAGGAGAAACUCGCCAUUAAGAAGAAGCGGAAGAAGGAGAGAGAGGCUCUUGGAGACAAGGCUCCUCCGAAACCGGUUCCCAAAACGAUCGAGAAUCAGCGCAUUUACGAUGAGACCACCGUGGACCCCGAGGACGAGGAGGUGGCGUACGAUGAAGCUACGGAUGAAUUUGCUCCAUAUUUUAAUAAGAAGACAGAGCCGAAGAUCCUCAUAACGACCUCGGACCGCCCGCGGGGGAGGACGGUGAAGUUCACAGAGCAGCUCUCCACCAUCAUCCCCAACUCGCACGUCUAUUACCGCAGGGGGCUGGCGCUUAAAAAGAUUAUCCCACAAUGCAUUGCCAGGGACUUCACCGACCUUAUCGUCAUCAAUGAAGACAGAAAGAUGCCAAACGGAAUGGUUCUCUGCCAUCUCCCCGACGGCCCGACUGCUCAUUUCAAGAUGAGUAACGUUCGCCUGCGCAAAGAGAUGAAGAGGAAAGGAAAGGAUCCGACGGAACACAAACCGGAGGUGAUUCUGAAUAACUUCAGCACCCGCCUCGGACACUCCAUCGGUCGCAUGUUUGCGUCGCUUUAUCCUCACGGCCCGCAGUUUGUAGGAAGGCAGGUGGCGACUUUCCACAACCAGCGAGACUACAUCUUCUUCCGAUAUCACAGGUACAUAUUUAAAAGCGAGAAGAAAGUGGGAAUACAGGAGCUGGGGCCCCGCUUCACGCUGAAACUGCGAUCUCUACAGAAAGGAACGUUCGACUCCAGAUUCGGGGAGUACGAGUGGGUUCACAAGCGCCACGAGAUGGACACCAGCAGACGGAAAUUCCACUUAUAGCGGCCGCAGAAUC